ACUAACUCAACAUCUGCGACGCAUGUACAUCAAGAAGCACAACAGCGAGAGAGCAACGAUCUGCAGCACGUUGGCCAACUUCUCCAUGCUCUUCCUAAAGUUCGCACUGGCAUCAACCUGCAUGAUCGACAUCUCUUCGAGGAAGUUCUGUAUCCGGUUUUCAGCCGUUCCCUUGGUGUCAUCGAUUUUUGGUUGCGCCGCGUGGUCUUCUUAAGGCUAGUUUUUCACUAUCUCAUUUGAAUUAUGCUGAGCGGAUUCCCAUUCCCUCUUAUUUCAGCUUCAAGUGGAUUUUGUUUCUGAGAGAGGAUGUUGAAAGGCAAGCCGCGCAACCACAUCAGAUAGUAAAAAACUAGCUGUACUAAUCUUCCCACAACAAGCAAAAGUCUUCCCGAAGAAAUUAGUCGCCAACGCCUGGGACCUGUGUAAAAGCACUGAGUUAUCAAGCAAAUGGAAAGGUCUGACGCAAGGCUUUAGUGGCACGGAUGAUACGAAACACGUGCUACCUUUGACUGUGAAGCAGAAGAAUUUAGACCAGUUGAAGGCCACAGGGGGAAGGCAGUUGAAGCGGCUACUACGGCCGGAGAAUAACACGCUGCGUGUGUUGAAUGGCGCUGGGGAGACUGGUAGUUUUGCUAGUACUACUAGAAGUAGAUGUCCUUGCACCAGUUACAAUUACUUAUAUGCAAUUAAGUAGACAAUUAAAAUUAUACUAGACGAAUAGGUGGAUGAUAGUCACAGCAGCUGAGCAUAGUAAGUUGUGAGUUCUUUUUCGGCCGCAGUGAGUAAGUAAUAUGCACAUUCGGACUCGCUUUUUUCAUCCUUUUCAUCUUCGCCCACACAACUCACCUUCCCAGGAACACCUCUAUCGACGACCAGCACACCUGUUUCGGCGGCCGCUCAAGUGAUCAACAUCGCCAGUAAGGAUGCCCAAUGUGUUGCUAUUCUGGAUCCAGGAGCUCUGAUUCUUGAGCUCGAUAAUGAAAACGUGUGCCGCCAGUGGCUAGCGCGGCGACCAGAUAAGGACUACGCAGUUUUUUUCGAUGCUACCAGCGGAGAGCGGCGAACUUUGUCUAAAUUCACAGAUCGCGUGACAUCGUUUCACCUCAGUCCGUGUGCAAACGACAUGUCAAGCGCGUUGCUGUUUAUGAAAAGAAAUUCAAUAUGAAUGUGAAUAUUUCUAGUCGAGAUUCUACGUGUGCGUCAGGGUCCGCAUUCAGCUCAUAAGUCGUGAUCACAGAAGAUGAGGUGAUGUACUUACUUCUAACACAGGAGGAGGAGCUAACCCUAGAGGCAUUUCUAUUUCAAAUUCAAUAUUUCACAUGAUCUAGUACUUGUACUUCAUCCCUCCCACAAGCCUGUCCCUUUUCAUUUGCUAUCUCGACGAUCGACACUGCCGCGGUUCCGACUUUCAGCUUCCCGCACACGCAGCAGCAGUUGUCACUCUUGGUCGCGGGCUCUGCAAGGACAAGCUCCUGCAGUCCUGCAUGCGCAUGCGACAACUUGGCAAAGGCGGACAGCGCGUCGCUUUCUUAGCGCCGCGUGAAAUUGGUAGUGCAAUUGACAAGAUCAUGAUGGAGCAGGAAGGAGCAGCAGACGAGAUGAUAACUUCAGAGGAAAAUACCAACAGCACAGGCACAGAUAAAGUCCGUGCUGUCCUAUCCUGGUGUUUGCAAAAUAGCUAUCAGCGCACCACUGAUUUGCUGCCACUCUUUGCAUCGCAGUGUAGGAGUGCUUUGACGAAGGCAGCUUCCUUCGAAGAGUUUCAUCAAAAGGUAGCUCAGUCCUCACGCCAGGAGCUAGAAGAGGGCGCAGUCGCAGCGGCUGCAGCCAAACAGCUAGUUUUGAAGUGCAUCGAGAACGAAGGUGGAAACCUAGAGAAACAGUACGGUCAUGCACGAGUGCAAACCAAGCUUCCAGAUCUUGCGAAAUCACUCCUAGCCAAAUUUUUAAACAACGGAGAUGG